UAACAAUUCACAAGAGAACCACUCAUAUACAUAUUUAAUGGCUACUACUAUUCUCACUCUUUUCCUAGGGUUCUUAGCCAUAACGAGUACCCUUAACUUCAACGCCGAAGCUAGGCCUCAACCAAUUGAUGAGGAUUACGGUACCAUCAUUGGACCUCACACUAACUUAGAUGACGACUUUGGCACCAUCGUUGGACCGCAUGCCAACCUAGAUGAUGAUGAAUUGGGCACCAUUGUUGGACCGUUUGCUAACCUAGAUGAUGAUGUGGGCACCAUCAUUGGACCGCAUGUCCACAGGGACAAUUUCCCCGACGAUUUCAUCUUUGGAACAUCCGUUUCCGCAUAUCAGGUUGAAGGUGCUAAAAGGGGAUCUGGGAGAGGGUUGACUACAUGGGAUGAAUUUACUCACAUGUUUCCUGACAAGGUCGAAAAUGGUGGUGAUGGAGAUCUCGGAGUCGACUUCUAUACCUUUUACAAGGAUGAUAUAAAAUUAAUGAAGAAAUUGAACACAAACGGGUUCAGAUUUUCAAUCUCAUGGACCAGAGUCUUGCCUUAUGGAACUAUAAAGAAAGGUGUAAACGAGGCGGGGGUGAAGUUCUACAACGAUACUAUAAAUGAACUUUUAGCCAAUGGUAUUCAGCCCGCAAUUACACUAUUCCAUUGGGAAUCUCCGCUAGCUCUAGAAAUGGAGUAUGGAGGUUUCUUAAGCCCUAAGAUCGUAGAGGAUUUUCGGGAGUUUUCGAAAUUCUGCUUUGAGAGAUUUGGAGAUAGAGUGAAGAAUUGGGCGACAUUUAAUGAGCCAACAGUAUACAGUGUUGCGGGUUACUCGAAAGGUAAGAAAGCACCAGGACGAUGCUCUGCAUGGGAAACACCCAAAUGUACUGAAGGAGAUUCAUCUAGAGAGCCUUACAAUGUUGGUCACCACCAAAUUCUUGCUCAUCUUGCUGCUGUUGAAGAAUUCCGUAAAUGUGAAAAGUGCCAAGAGAAUGGAGGGAAAAUUGGAAUAGUGUUGGUAGCUCACUGGUUCGAGCCACAAAAUCCAAAUAUGAGUAAAGACGUGGAGGCUGCUAGACGAGCCCUCGAGUACCAACUCGGCUGGUUUCUUCGCCCUCUCACAUAUGGACAAUACCCAACGGAGAUGCAACAAGAUUUAAAAGAUCGAUUGCCUAAUAUUACAGAAGAACUAUCUGAGAAACUAAAAGGAUCUUUGGAUUUCGUUGGAUUAAACUACUAUGGAGCAUUUUUCUCUACCCCACUCGCCAAUGUCAAUUCAUCGCGGAUUAAUUAUGUUUUCGACAUGGGUGCAAACACGACAACUCACCAAGACCAUUCCCCUCAUCUCAAGACAACCUCAAUGGGGAUAGUGGUAUACCCAGAGGGUUUGCGGAAGCUCUUGAAACAUAUCAAGGAUGAGUAUAUGGAUCCAGAGAUUUACAUUAUGGAGAAUGGGAUGGACGAGAUCGACGAUGGGACCAAGAGCUUAGAGCAAGCAAAAAACGACACUGGGAGAAGAGAGUUUCUCAACAGUCACAUCUUAAUCAUGGAUAAAUCCAUCAGCGAGGACAAAGUGAAGUUAAAGGGUUACUUCAUAUGGUCGUUAUUGGACAACUUCGAGUGGGAGAGAGGGUAUAAAAUGAGGUUCGGGCUCUAUUAUGUCGAUUACAAUGACAACAUGAAACGACAUAUGAGGUCAUCUGGAGAAUGGCUAAGCAAGUUUCUUGCUUCGAGAGAGCCUCUCCACCCAUGCUACUUCGAGGCCCAUCGGGAGAAAGGAUAUCCUCCACUGUUGUUCCAUACUGAGCAAUUGGAACCUGACAACCCUCGUAUAAACUACGUGAGCGACUUUCAGUGAAAACAUAAUAUAUGGUGAAAGUUUGAUAUGUUCAUCGAUCUACCUACUCUUUUUGAGUAGAGUCAAGCCUCAGCUAAUUAUCAUAUAUAUAUAUAUAUAUAUAUAUAUAGAGUGUGUUCAGAAUAAGAAGAAUAAAAUCUGAGAUGAUCAUAUCUAUCUCUGUGUGUGUGUGUGUUUUUAUAUGUGUGUGUUUGUAAGUGUUUGUAUGCAUAUUAAUAAUGAAUAAAACUACGUUGGAAUGUUUGCUUAUAAA